UCAAGAACAAUCGAUUUGUGACACCAUUGACAAGCGCUUCACUGAACCGUUUGAAAAGGUUGAAAGAAAACCAGCUCUUCCGGGCCGCUCUGUAUUUGGAUCCCAGAUUUAACUUCUUGGGCUCUAAGAUACUCAGCACCGAAGAAAAGGAACAAUCACAGGAGUAUUUGAUCCGAAUUUGGGAGAGGCUUAAUGCACUCCGCUCUGUAUCAUCGAAUGAGACAUCACCGAAUAUUUCUAUGAACGAAUCCUCGACAUUCACAGCAGAUGAAAUGGACGAUUUCAUCACUGACAUGCACGGUGGAACGCUGAUGCCUACGAAUUCGUCGAAAUCUUUGGAUAAUAUCCGCCAACAGAUUAAAAUGCUGGAAAUUGAACCUCGGCAGCCGCACACGUAUGACGUAUGGAACCAUUGGUUAGCCAGAAAGGCCUCACAUCCGGAGCUUUUUGCUGUGGCUAUGGUGGUACUUUCGGCGCCUUCUGACCAAGCAUCGGUUGAAAGAGCGUUCAGCGCUUUAGGUCUUGUAUUAACAAGUCAUCGCACGGGAAUGACCGAUGCACAUCUGGAGGACACGCUGUUGGUAAAACUGAACCAGACCAUCGUUGACAAUAUAAUGCCUAUGCUGUAUCCAUGGAAGGAUUUCAAAUGAGUCCGUGACCCAUGUAUAAUUACAAAACUAUAUCCUUAAAAUUUGACUUUAACUCAUGUGAA